CUCAUGGCAUCCCCUUCCACAGAUGGAGCAUGCUGGGCAAUACUAUUGCGAGGCCCAGGGAGUUUCCCAGUCGACAGCCAACUGGAGGAAGUCCGUCUAUCUGCAGGUCACUCCUUAUUCACCCAUCAUCGGUCCGACCCCUACAGUGUGCUCGGCCCUGCAGGCAACAUGCGGGAGUGGCGAGUGUAUCAACAAGACCCAGGUGUGCGACAACCGCCCGGAUUGCAAGGACGCCUCAGAUGAGCUUCGCUGCAGUGCUAAUGGAUGUGAACCCAACGAGUACCAAUGUGAGAACCGCAAGUGUGUGCUCAAGACAUGGCUGUGUGACUCCGACAAUGACUGCGGUGAUAACUCGGAUGAACAGAACUGUGCCCCGAGUCCUCCUGGCUCCACCUGUCGCAGCAACGAGUUCACCUGUCAAUCCGGGACUCAGUGCAUCCCCAAAUCCUUCCACUGCGACGGGGACGUGGACUGCAUUGACACGUCCGAUGAGGUUGGGUGCACCAAGCCCAUCGUGAUCGAGCCGCCCCCACGCAACGUCGUAGUCCAGGUGGGCGAGUCGUUCACCCUCACCUGCGUCGUCAUGGGCACCCCAACACCCAUCGUCCUGUGGCGCCUCAACUGGGGUCACGUUCCCGCCAAGUGUGAGAUGACCAGCGAGAAUGGCCGUGGCGUGCUGAUCUGCCCUGACGCCCAGCCCACAGACCAGGGUGCAUACUCCUGCGAGGCCAUCAACGGCAGGGGCUCGGUCUUCGCUACUCCGGACGCCAUCGUGGUGGUGUCGGGAAGCCCCACCGUUCUCUGCCGGCCCCCCCAGUUCAACUCUGCCGCCAUAAAUCGUAAUGACUGUCUGAACUGUUUCUGCUUCGGUGCCACGGAUCAGUGUUACUCCAGCGACAUGUACAUUACGCAGCUGCCUCCACCCAGCAGCGAUUCGUUCACCCUCGUCGGAGCCAACCAGGACCAGUUUCAGGGCAACUACGUCAUUCGGGACACCCAGUACCCACUCUCCUCCUCGCACCUGGUUCGCGGCCAACCCAGAACCCCAUCGGACAGGGCUACGCUCGCCGUGGACCGCUCAAACCUAAGAGGACCGAGAGACCUGGUGAUCUAUUUCUCGCUGCCUAGCUCUCACAAGGGACAACAGCUGGCUUCCUUCGGUGGCACGCUGCACUAUAGAAUCCACUACUCCCGUAUCGGUGCGAGCCAGACUACCAGCUACCCCGACGUCAUCAUUAGGGGCAACAACGUGACGCUGAUGUACGUACACGACGGGACGUUCGCCCCCGACAUCGAGAACCGAGUGGACGUACGCUUCUUCUACGGGCAAUGGUUCAAGCGCGUGGCGACGAACGGCGGGAACAUUCAGACUCAGAACCCGGCCACCAGGGAGGAGAUCAUGAUGGUGCUGGAGAACAUGGACCUGCUGCUCAUAAGAGCGCUGUACACUGACGGGGACUUCAUCAACACCACGCUGUCGGACGUACAGAUGGACACCGCUCAGUUCGCCAGGACCGACCAGGGACAGGCUAUGCUGGUGGAACAGUGCACCUGUCCACCUGGCUACAUUGGAAUCUCUUGCCAGGACUGCGCGCCAAACUACAGCCGUGUGCAGGAUGGCCCGUGGCUGGGACGAUGUGUGUCGACCCUCGACUGCGGCCCGAACGAGUACGGCGACCCCAUCAACAACAUACCCUGCAGCCCCUGCCCGUGUCCUCUCUCCACGCCGAGCAACCAGUUCAGUUCGUCCUGCUAUCUCGACAACGAUGGACGGGUGACAUGCAACUGCCAGCAAGGUUACGAGGGUCGGCGCUGCGAAAACUGUGCUGUCGGCUACACGGGCAAUCCCAACGUGGUCGGGGACUAUUGUAAACCAGCCCCAGUGACCUGCUUGACCACCUUCACCUGCUUGGACGGGUCGGAGCAUCCCUGGUCCCGGAGGUGUGACGGGAUCAAGGACUGCUCACAACACGAGGACGAGAGGGACUGUGGGGUCUGCUUCAACAGUGGGCACCGAUGUUAUGACGGUCGCUGUGUCCAUUUCGAGCGGAUCUGUGACGGCCAUCCGGACUGCCCUGAUGCCAGCGAUGAGUGGCGAGAGAACUGCCUGGACGAGCUGCCUUGCGAUCACAUCCAUCAGUGGACUUGCGCCGACGCCACCCACCGCUGCAUCAACCGAAAUCAACACUGCGACGGCAUCUACGACUGCCCGGAUAACUCGGAUGAACUCUACUGCAACUGCACAUGCGAGGAGACCUUCAACUUCCGCUGCUAUGACGGGACUUGCUUGGAUAAGAGCGUGAGGUGCAACGGAAGAAUCGACUGUCACGAUAAGUCCGAUGAGCUGGGAUGUCCUUGUAACCCCAAAGUCCACCAUACCUGUGGAGACGGAUCGUGCGUUGAGCUAUACCGGGUCUGUGACGGAAUCCCAGACUGCAGGGACAGGAGUGAUGAGCCUCGGUGGUGUGGCUGUGACCCCACCACCAUGCAUCGCUGUGGUGACGGGACAUGUAUCCAGAAGAGUGCGGUGUGUAACGGGUAUCCAGACUGCCGGGAUUACAGCGACGAGCCUCCGAAUUGCAAAGAGAACUGCGACCCAAUCCGAGAGUUUACGUGCGGAACCGGGAACUGCAUCGACGUCCGGCUGGUGUGUAACGACUUCAGCGAUUGCCGAGACGGUAGCGACGAGUACUUCUGCAGCAUCUGCCCCGAGAACCAGUUUCAGUGCGGCGAUCGAACGUGCGUCAGCCGCCAGCAGCUAUGUGACGGCCGGCCGGACUGUCGCGACGAGAGUGACGAGAGCGAGAGAGCCGGCUGCUGCAUCGCUCCGUACUUCUUCCGCUGCAGUAACGGCUUUUGUAUCGAGUCGCAGAGAGUCUGUGAUGGGUACUUGGACUGUGAGGAUGCGGCGGAUGAGACGAACUGCCAUAACCAGUGUGACCCGGCAGGCAGCUUACAGGUCAACCCAGUCACCGGAUACUGCGAGUGCAAGGAAUUCACGACCGGCCCACGCUGUGACCAAUGCAAGGAUAAGUCUUUCUACCUGAGUGGGAGGAACAUUGAGGGCUGCAUCCCCUGCUUCUGUAUGGGCAUCACCUCUACCUGCACUUCCUCCACCUUAUACAGGCAGCAGGAGUCCGCUUACUUCACCAACGACCGCCAAGGCUUCGAGAUUGUGGACAGCGAUCAGCAGAACUUCAUCAGGGAAGACCUCUUUGUGGACACCAGCCGCCAGGAGUUGGUGUUCCAGGACUUUGGGCGACAUGGACAGAGGGUCUACUACUGGAAGCUCCCUCAGAGGUUCCUGGGUGACAAGGUGACAUCCUACGGCGGCAACCUGACCUACACGCUGCGUUUCGUCCCAGCUCCCGGAGGCCAGAGCUCCACCAACAACGCCUACGAUGUCGAGAUCUUCGGUAACGACAUCGUGCUGCGACACUUCCGCCAAGGCCAGCGACCACUGUCCCCCACGCGCCAGGAGACGAUCGUGGUGCCGCUCUACGAGAGGUACUGGCAGCGGCAGAACGGACAGGAGGUGAACAGGGAGCACCUCAUGAUGGCCCUCGCUGACCUGGAGCACAUUUACAUCAAGGCCACGUACACCACAGCCACGGAUGAAGUUGGCCUGCAGAGCGUCAACAUGGACUACUCCGUGACCCGCAACACUGGCCAGGAGCGAGCCCAUGCCGUUGAGAUGUGCCAGUGUCCUGAACAGUACAUCGGCACGUCUUGCGAGGACUGUGCCGUCGGCUACACUCGCUCCCUCUCUGGCGUCCAUCUCGGCACGUGCGAGGCUUGUCAGUGCAACGGCCACUCCACCGAAUGUGACCCAGUUUACGGCACCUGUUUCAACUGCCGAGACAACACCGCUGGCGACUUUUGUGAGCAGUGUGCUUCGGGCUACAGGCUUGCCGGGAACACCUGCUACCCCGACAGCAGCCCAGACGAAUGCAACUGUGAUUCGCGGGGUACUGUGUCCUGUGAUCGGGGCAGAUGCCAGUGCAAGUCGUACGUCGUGGGCCCUCAGUGUGACUCCUGUCGCUCCGGAUACUUCCACCUCUCCGCAGAGAACCCGUCCGGCUGCCUGUCAUGUUGGUGCAAUGGUGCCAGCUCACAGUGCUUCUCCUCCAACUACCACCGCAUGCAGCUACCAAUGCAACUCCUGUCCGAUCACGGUUUUACCUUCUCUAACAGGCUGCAAACCAACGUCAUCCGCGAUGGCUUCAACGUCAACCUGGCCAACAACGAAAUCUCCUUCUCAAGCUUUGAAAACCUGCGCCAGAGGGAGACGUACUUCUGGUCACUGCCGCAGAUGUUCACCGGAAACCGUCUUGAGUCAUACGGAGGCAACCUGACCAUCACCCAGCGCUACCAGACCCGAGCCGGUGGAAACACGUACUCUGAUUCGGACAUCAUCAUCCGCAGCUCCGGGGGACGAGAAUUUAUCUGGAUGACGCCUCAGUCGCUGGUACCGAACCGUGAGCAGACGUAUACAGUGACGCUGACCGAGAACAGCUUCACCGUCAACCAACAGCCGGCCAGUAGGUCUGAAUUCUUGAAGGCCCUGUCAUCCAUCGAAGCCAUCCUGAUCCGUGCCACCCUUAGCGAGGACAUGCUGGCAACCUUCCUCAGCGACGUCAUCAUGGAUACUGCCGUUCCCUCGCAGACCGGCCAGCCCAGAGCCUUGGAGGUGGAGCAGUGCCGAUGCCCCAAGGAGUAUGCUGGACUGUCCUGUGAGACAUGCAAGGCGGGUCACUACCUCACCUUGGCCAACAACCGGUGUCGCCAGUGCCCCUGCAAUGGCCACGAGUCCUCCUGCUACGAGAGUCCCGAUGGCAGCGGAGUCCAGUGCGAGUGUCUGCCCGGGUAUUAUGGUCCCAGCUGUGGGGAAUCAGGUCUGAUGCUAGAGCUUAGGCCCAUCAGAGUGCUCUUCAGCCGGACAGAGCGGGAGGUUACGGAGAACUUCACCUGCUCCUACCACUCCUCCGAGCCUCUCCGCAUGACAAUAACACGCGAGCCUUCCUGGGUGGAGGACGGCGCCCCCGCAGCACUCAUGGACUCGCAGGCGCCGCACCUCAUAGAGCAAUACGCGCAUGGGGCUAAAUAUUUCUCGCUCCUGCGCCUCCUCCGUGGACACAGGGCCGUUACGUGCAGGGUUUAUGAUGCCAGUAGUAAGGAGGUGGCGCAGAUGUCCUCACAGAUUUUGUAUACGUAUGGGGAUUGGACGGACUGGGGACAAUUCCCUCCCCCCACACCUGACGAGGCGGCAAACAUCGUGGUGACAAUCUCCGAGCCCAGCAUCAAGGUCGUGUCCGUCAACUCCACCGUCGAGCUCUCCUGUUCCGCUCGGGCAGUGACGGGCAUACAGGCUCGCAUCCCUGUCACAUGGAGCAAGGUCGAUGGAGAGCUGCCAUACGGGAGGUCUCGGGACAACCGCCAAGGACUUCUGGUGAUCUCUGAGGUCCGAGCGUCAGACAGCGGUGUGUACCUCUGCACUGCCAUUGACACCUAUGGACGGGUGGUCAGCGAGAGAGUCACGCUCACCGUCAGCCGCGGACCUCCCGUUGUGAUCCUUGAGCCAAGACGAGACACCUUCGACGUGCAGGUCCGCGGCUCCUUGGUUGUGCGCUGCUCCGUCGAUGGCACCCCCCAGGGUCAAGUUUCCUGGACCUUCGGACGCAACCGCCAACUACCUUCUAAUGUUUACCAGCAGAAUGGAGUGUUGACCCUGCAAGACGCACAGCCAUCCAACACGGGCGAGUACUAUUGCACCUCCACCAACGCCUAUGGCCAAGGCAUUGCUCGGAUCUACAUCAACGUCCCAACCAGCCUUCCCACACCCCCCCCCGGCCCUGGAGAGAUCAUUAUCAUCCAGCUGUCGGAGGAGAAUGUAGUGGCACGCGCCGGAGAGACCGUACGAGUGAGCUGUUCGGCUGGCAGGACCCCCGGCAGCGUCACCAUCGAGUGGAGUCGUCGCGCUGGCACACUGCCCUCGCAAUCACAAGUUGAGGACGGAGAGCUCCAGAUCCCAAGGGCCCAACCAGUGGACUCCGGCAUCUACGUGUGUCGCAUAACAGACCAGCGCACGUCCUAUUUCAACGAGGCUUCGACCAGAAUCACCAUCAGCCAGGAAACGACCCCACCACCAACAGUUCAGAUUCGGCCCGAUCGACGCACCAUCAACCAGGGCACCAACGUGGAGGUGUUCUGCCAGGCCACCGGAGACCCGCCACCCACCGUCACCUGGACCAAGGUCAAUGAGCCACUGAGUCCGAGAACAACAGUCGAAAACAACAUUCUGCGUAUCACCGGCGCCCUCGUGAGUGACCGUGGGAUGUACCUCUGCACGGCGCGUAAUGAGGGCGGUUCAGCGCAGGGAGCGGCCAUCAUCGAGGUGGAGCGACGCGAGCCACCCCAGAUCGAGAUGUACCCUGAGAUGAAGCAGACCAUCGUUGUGGGUGCCAGUGCUCUCUUCCAGUGCUACUUGACGGGCGGCAUUCCUACCCCUAGCGUGAGCUGGACUCGUUCCGACGGACAACCCUUCACGGCCAACACGGAGACCUUGAGUGGGGGGGUGCUGAGAUUCAACCAGGUGCGCGGGGACGAGGAAGGUAUCUACAUGUGUACGGCAGAAAACGACGCCGGCUCGGUCACAUCUACGGCCGUCUUGGAAAUCCAGUCGCUCCCGGUCAUCAACAUCCGCCCUGGCCCUUCACCCUACACCGUCAGUAUUGGGGAGCCGGUGCGUCUCGCGUGUUAUGCCCAGGGAGACCCGGCGCCAUCCGUCUCCUGGAAGAGGCUGCAGGUCAACUUCCCGACCCCAAUCCCAAGUGCGUCAACCAGUCCCGGCGUGGCUGAGUACGUCAUCACCAGCGUCUCCCAGGCUGAUGCAGGAACCUACGUGUGCUCCGCCCAGAACACUGCUGGUACAAGCGAGGAGAGGCUCCAGCUCCUCGUACAAGACAGUCUGCCGAUCAGCACUCGUCCUCCUAUCAUUCUGCCGCCACCUGAAAACAACGGCAGUGGCACUACUGGGGAUGGCAGGGUUGUCUAUGUGCCAGCAGGAAGUGCCUACGAGUUCACAUGCUCAGGAUAUGGACCAGCAGCGGAAGACAUUGCGUUCACCUUCCGACGCAGCGACAACCGCCCUCUGCCCCAGGGGUCACGCGUGGAUGACAACGUUCUCUACCUGGUCAACGUGGAUCAGAACGCCUCCGGAGAGUACGCCUGUGUGGGCAGCGAUCGCGUAUCCGGCAUCAUCCGCUUCACCAUCUACACAACCAUUGAAGUGCUCGUGCCUCCUCGCAUCAGCCUGGACCCAGCCCGGCAGGUGGUGCCUCCCGGGGAGAUUGUCCAGAUCCGCUGCUCUGCCACAGGACCACAGCCCAUCACCAUCAAUUGGACGAAGGAGGUUGGACGCAUGCCAUCCUCUGUCAUCAUCAACGGCGGGGAGCUGACUUUCCUAAGCAUCGCUACGACUGACGCUGGCCGCUACAUCUGCGUCGCGAGGAACAGCGGCGGAACAAGCAGAGCCGUGGCUGAGGUGCUCGUCAACGCCUACGAGGGAAUCCUGAGCAACACCAUCUUUGGGAUCUCCGAGGACCUCUAUUUCGACGACCUGGAGGGUGGGGAUGACGAUGACGACAGCUACAGUGGCGACGACUCCUCCUCCACCCCCGAUGAGGGCUACUUCCUGCAGAUCGGCGAGGAGCAUAGGUGUAAAUUUGUCUGCAACGACCGGAGCAUCUGCGUCUCGCCUUACGAAAUGUGCGACGGGAAGCCGGACUGCCCUGAGGGGGAGGAUGAGGAGGGUUGCUACUUUGACACCCUGAUGACAACCUGUGAUGACUCUCCGUGUGGCGACAAGCAGUGCAUAGCCAAGUACAAGGUGUGUGAUGGGAUACCUGACUGUAGUGACGCAGGCGAUGAGAAGGACUGCUACGAUGACAUAUUCGACAAGAGCGCGUGUUCCGAUUUCUUCAAAUGCGGCGACGGCUCCUGCUAUUUCUUCUAUCUUAACUGCGACGGCGAGUGCGACUGCAACGACUGCAAGGACGAGAAAGUGUGCUUGCGGCGGCGGAGACACAAGUCGCACGAGGAGCCGCUGUUGACCGCCAUCGACCCUGAGAUGACGCUGUACGUGGGCCAGACGGCUGUACUGCGCUGCGAGACCUCAGGCAUCAACCCCAGCGACGUCAGGUGGAGCCGCAUCAAUGGCCGCCUCCCACCCAACGCCCUGGCCAGAGAGAACACGCUUAGGCUGCCACUGAUCCAGGUGGAGGACAGCGGGGAUUAUCAAUGCGAGGCCGUGCUGCCUUCGGGAAGGAGCUCGUACGACGUUAUCACCCUCAUCGUCAGGAGCCCCCAGACAAGCAACAUUCAAGUCCGCUCCAUUCCAUCUGACAUACGGAGGGGCGAGGAUGUAGAGCUGGUCUGCGAGGUGGAGAAUGAGCCUGCCGCUGCCAUUUCGUGGAGGCGGAUGGAUGGCGAGCUUCCACUAGGCGCCCAGACCUACGGGAACAGACUGAGGAUCCCCAAUGCGCAAACCGGCGGGUUAUACCUGUGCACGGCGACCACCAGGCAGGGAGUCUUUGAGGAGCGUUACAACUUCAUUAUAAGAGACAUCAUCUCACAGUCCGAAGACCGCUAUGACUCGAUCGCUCAGCAGCUGCGCUCGGAGAACACUCGAUCGGUUGAGCUUGGCCUGAGCGUCACCAUGGAGUGCAGUCUGUCCCUCCCUGGACCCGUCUCCUACACCUGGAGCAAGAAGGAUGGAAAGCUGCCUGCCAGUGCCCGUGGCGAUAAUUCGGUCCUGGACAUCCAAGAGGUGCGGGCGGAGGACGCUGGCAUAUAUGUGUGUACGAGCAGGAACGAGGAGAGGAGCGUUGACCUGCCCACCCUGCUCAUAGUGACAGGGGUAGUGCCAAGGUUCAGCGGAAACUCCUACUUGUCCAUGCAGACUCUCUCACGAGCCUACCUCAUGUUCGACAUUGAGAUCUCCUUCAAACCCGAGUCUCCAGAUGGCCUGAUCCUCUACAACAGCCAGCGACCAGGGCCUGACGAGGGUGACUUUGUGGCUUUCGGACUGGUCAACGGCUACCCAGAGUUCCGCUUCAACAUUGGUGCUGGUCCGGCCUCCAUCACAGGCACCGAACCUCUUGAGAUGAACCAGUGGCACACCGUCAAGCUCUCACGCAACAGGAAGGAAGGCCGAAUGGUUGUGAAUGGAGGUGAGCCGCUGGUCGGGGUCAGUCAGGGUCGGUUCCUUGGCCUGGACCUGGUGGAGCCUCUGUACUUGGGCGGCGUUCCAGACUUUGCGAACGUCCACACUGAAACUGGCAUGACGAGCGGCUUCAAGGGCUGCAUCAGUCGCCUAGUGACCGGAAACACUCUCAACACGGCCUUUGUGCUGAAUGCCGUCGAGCGGGUCGGCAUCACAGCUUGCCAGACGUGCAACUCCAGCCCGUGCCAGAACAACGGGGUGUGCCAGGAGGCCUACAACGAGCGUGGACACAGGUGCUUCUGUCCGGCCGGCUACCUCGGAGACCUCUGUGAAAAUGCCGGCGAAUCCUGCUACCAGGGCGCUUGCGGAUUGGGUCGCUGCGUCAACAAGCCAGGCGGAUUCGAGUGUUACUGUCCCUUCGGCAAGAUCGGCGAGCGCUGCGAGCAGGACAUUGCCAUCUACGAGCCGGCCUUCGGUGACGAGUCGUACAUCGCCUACCCGAGGCCAUGGGCGAGGCAGAGGUUUGCCGUCGACAUGAACUUCAAGCCCGAGACCCUGGACGAUGGUGUGCUGAUGUACUGUGCCCAGCGGGAGAGCGGGUCAGGGGACUUCACUUCCCUCGCCAUCCGCAACAAGCGACUUGAGUUCCGCUUCAACUCCGGCAGCGGAACGGCGAACAUUCAGAGCGAUCCGAUUACCGAGGGAGAUUGGAUCAAGGUACGAGUGAACAAGACAGAGAAGUUGGGAUCCCUGAGAGUGAAUGACGGACCUGUUCUGAGCGGUGUGUCUCCAGGCAAGAACUCGGGACUUAACCUCCUCACACCCUUGUUCAUUGGAGGCGUUGACCAUUCCCGCAUCCAGGUGGCCUCCGACGUGGGUGUUACUAAGGGCUUCAGAGGCUGUGUGUCGGAGGUUUCCGUGAUGGACCGCAAGGUACCACUGAACGAGGCACCUCUGGACUCGGCUAAUGUUGGUCAGUGUGACGGUGGUGCCUCCCCCUGCUCCCGCUCCCCCUGCCAGCACGAUGCAGAGUGUGUGGAUGACCCCGGCUCCCCCCGCGGCUACUCCUGCCACUGCCACGAAGGAUAUAGCGGAGACAACUGUGAGCAAAAGCCUGGCGUGUGUAAUAUGAUCCAGCCUUGUAAGAACGGAGGCGGCUGUGUGGGCCAGGGACAUGUCUACACCUGCCUUUGUCCCAUUGGUUUCGCUGGGCAGCACUGCGAGCAUGUUGUCAAGAGGAUCGGAGCUUCUGCAGCCUUCUCCGGCAACUCAUGGGUGGAGCUGAACCGCACUCUACUGCCCCAAGAAUCCGGUGAGCCUCAGACCAUCAGCUUCGAGUUCAGGACCCGCAAACCCAACAGCCUCCUCUUCUGGUACGGCCAAGAUGAAUCGCACACCGGCAAGGGACAGGACUACAUAAGCAUUGCCAUCAAGGGCGGAUACGUCGAGUUCAGUUACGAGCUCGGAGGUGGACCGGCCAUUCUGCGAUCCCAGUCUCUCGUGGAUGAUGGUCACUUCCACACCCUGUCAGUGGAGCGGACCGGCCAGCGCGGCGUGUUAACUCUCGACAAUGAGGAGCCGCAGGUCACUCACAGCCCUGGACAGCUGCACAUGCUCAAUGCCGAUGGGAAUAUUUACAUGGGCGGCGUUCCAGACUUCCCUCUCAUGACGGGUGGCGCGCACACCACUGGCUUCUUCGGCUGCAUCCAGCAACUCAGCAUCGGCGGACACUCCAUCGACAGCUUCCUCGACCGCGCCGUCUCUGGGGUCAAUGUUGUGCCUUGCCCUCGGUAUCACAAGGGACGACGUAGGGAGGUAGAGCUGCCCUCCUCCUCCUCUUCUUCCUCUUCCUCCUCCUCUUCUUCUCCUUUGCUCUCUGAAGUCUCACGAAACAUCAUCUUGGAAUAUCACGAUCACUCUCAUUCUCUUCUCUCCUCACCACCUCCACCACCACCACCUCCACCACCACCACCACAAGAUCUCUAUUACUCAUCUCCAUCCUCCUCCUCCUCCACCUCCUUCUAUGCCUUACUCUCCUCCUCCUCCUCGUCUUCUUCCUCUUCUUUAUCAGCAUCCUCGGACACGUCUUCCUCCCUAUCCUCCUCCUCUUCCUCCUCCUCCUCUUCUCCACUAACCAAGAAGAUUCAGUUGGUGCUUGUUAUCUCGAUCCUCCCUCAGCUUGCAUUCCACUAACACUACUCUAGCAAGUGGACGAGGAGGACGGAGAAGGGGGGAACGAAGGGGCUAACUCACCUAUACCCGACCACUCAGAGCAACCCAGGAAACAGCAACAGCGAGAGGACUCACUCAACUCCGAUCUUCAAGUCUCUCAAUCAACACAGCCACUGCAAUGAUCAACUCGACCAGUCUUCCGGCAAAGGGGGACUUGAAGGGGGUGACUGAAGUACAUACAGAUGUCUCAGAACCCAAGAAAUAGCAUCAGAAACACCAUGAAAUCAACUCUUUUUAUCCAACUCUCUCUAUCAACAAGGAUCCUCUCUACCAGUCUUCCGGCAAAGGGGGACUUGAAGGGGGUGACUGAAGUAUAUACAGACGUCUCAGAACCCAAGAAAUAGCAUCAGAAACACCAUGAAAUCAACUCUUUUUAUCCAACUCUCUCUAUCAACAAGGAUCCUCUCUACCAGUCUUCCGGCAAAGGGGGACUUGAAGGGGGUGACUGAAGUAUAUACAGACGUCUCAGAACCCAAGAAAUAGCAUUAGAAACACCAUGAAAUCAACUUCUUUCAUCCAACUCCCUCUUUCAACAAGGGUUACCUCUACGAGUCUUCCGGCAAAGGGACACUUGAAGGGCUAACUCAAGUAUAUACAGACGUCUGAGAACCCAAGAAAUGGCAUCAGAAAUACCAUGAAAUCAACUUCCUUCAUCCAACUCCCUCUUUCAACAAGGGUUACCUCUACGAGUCUUCUGCCAAAGGAACACGUGAAGGGCUAACUCAAGUAUAUACAGAUGUCUCAGAAUCCAGGAAAUAACAUGAGAAACACCAAGAAAUCAACUCCUUUCUUCAAUGUUCUCAAGUCGGCAUUCAACUCCUUCUUUCCUUCAUCAAGUCAUGCUGCUGUGAGGAUUAACUACACUAGUCUUCCAUUGCAUUUAGUAGAGAGUUUCAAUCCACAGAGAGAGAGAGAAGGAGAAGAAAUGAAUGCCCACAGGGAGAGACAGAGAGUUGGAAGGCAGUUGAAUGUACAGAGAGAGAAGAAAGGGAGAGAAAUUGAAAGGAUGCAGAGAAAACAUAUGAAAACAGAGAGAGAAAGAGAGAUAGAAGAUAGAGAACAGCUGAACAUACAUAUACAACAGCUAGAAAAUCAUAUAUAUAGAGAACACAAAGAGAGAAGUAUUGAAUAAGCAGAGAAACCGGAAGACGGAGAUUGAGAGAGAAGACACGUCCACUCGCAAAUGCUACAACUCACCACCCAUCAAUCUCAACUCAGCCGCUGCAAGAAUCAACUCAACAAGUCUUCCAAUGCAGAAAAUAAAGAACUAAUCGACCACAUGGAAACAGACCAGCCUGGACCUAUACUCUCAAACGUAUCGACUCCCUUCUACGCCUAUUUUAAAAGCCUCUCGUGGAAGCUGUCACGUGUAGGAUUACCAUUGACUCUUUCGUGAUGCUGGGCGCUAGGUUAACACGGCUGCUGCAUCUUGAACAGGGGAAUCACCAAUAAGGACCUGGUUAAUCCUCCUUGUAGCUUUGGGAAAUAGACGUAAUGGGAGCCUUGUACGUUUAAGGGUAUGGUCCCGCCUGGUACACAAACACACACUUCCUAGCCACUGGUAAAACUAACUGUGUGUCUGUAUUGAGUUAGUGGCUCCGAUGACUGACUGACUCUGUUCCUAGUCUUCCAAUGUUGCCUCGGAAAUACUACUUGAAUGAAAGGACGGAAAGAGAGAGAGAACGGAGAGUAAUUAGACACUGCCACCACUGAUAUUUCCUCCUCCUCCUCCUCCUCCUCCUCCUCCUCCUCCUCC